AUGGAGUCCUCAGGUGGUCAUGUUGAUGAGUGGUUGAGUUCGGAUGAUUCUGAGUUUACUCUCCAUCCUUCGGCGAAUAACUCGACUGUUCUUCCUCCUCAAACCCUUCUGGUGCUGGAGACUCUAAUGGUGUUCAUGAGUCUGGCCGCCGUCAUGGGAAAUGUUCUGGUCAUUGUGAUCGUGGCAGCUACUAAAACCUUCCACACUGUCACCUCCAUCCUCAUCAUUAAUCUGGCCAUUAGUGAUUUCUUUGUGGGAAUCGGAGUCAUGCCUUUUGUGGCAGUUUCCAUUAUGAACAACGGAUGGGUCAACUGCAAAAAUCUCUGUCUGUUUGUCGGCUACACAUCCUCAGUCUGCUGCACCGCUUCGGUCCUAACACUCGCUGCUAUCGCUCUCGACCGUUACUUCUCCAUUGUGGACUGUCUGCGCUAUGAUUCCCGCUGCACAGUAUGGAGAGCGGGUUCAGCGGUGCUAUGGAUCUGGCUGCAGGCUAUGGUGAGCUGCUGUCCUCCUCUCCUGGGCUGGAGCACCAUUGCUUAUGUGGCUCCAGUCUUCAGCUGCACCGUCAACUGGGGCAACAAUCCAAGCUAUACGGUCAUAAUAGCCUGCUUUUCCUUCCUUCUCCCAGCUGUAAUCAUCCUCUUCUGUUACGCAAAGAUUGUCAGAGUCGCACGGUACCACUCUAGAAGGAUCCACAGCCUAGAAGAACAUCUCCAGCGCAGUAGAUCCAACCUGGAUCUCUCACUCAUAGACUCCAACACUCCAUCCAGACUAGUCUACCAUGUAAGCGGGAGGUUUGUGAUGGAUCGAUUAGAUGAGAUUGCUCCAGAUGCACCAGCUAUUGGGCGUUUUCAGUCCUUCCUGACUCAAAUCCACCCUCAGCAUCUCAAUCAACCUCACCAUCAUGGAGUCCUGAGGUUGUUUUUGGUUAUUGGUGCUUUCUUUUUGUGCUGGACACCCUAUAUUAGUGUAGCUCUGGUGCAAGCCAUUGAAACCGCCCUGUCCCAACCCAACAGCCUCGUCCCUCCAUCAGCAGUCACUUUCUCUUAUUGGCUGGUGCUGUUCAAUUCGGAUAUCAACCCGCUGCUGUAUGCGCUCCUCAGCAAGCGAUUCCAAGGGGCCUUGCAGAGUUUGCGAUUGAAAAUCCAGGGAAGGUUAAGGAGCAUUUUGGGACAUGGAGAAACAGAGAGGUCUAUAUGCAGAGGUGAGAGUGACCCAACCAAUGGCACGACCCAAAGCUCCUCUAGAAAUGGAGCAGAUUUGUCCUAUCCUUCUGUUAUCACCCUCAGCUCACAGUUUCCCAAUAGUUUCAAGGAGCAGCUCAAUAGUUCUCUUCCGUCUGAUAAUUCUUGUCGUCCUGUUUGUGAUAAAUGUUGUGGAGAGCGGUUGAGGAGCAUGGACCACCUGCAGGUUCCUUCUAAACAUUGCGAGAGGAGCAGGCUCCCUUAUUCUGCUGCUACUAAGAAGAAACAAGCUACCUUCUUUUAUGGACAGAUCACUGUAAGAGUGGAACAUGACAUUUCUUAA